UUUCCUCCCCUCCUAUCCAUUAUCCCUUGCAAUAUUUUAUUUACUUUCUCUCUCAUCCCUUUUUCCAUAAACGUAGAAUUACCAUAAUUACCAGAAACGUUCACGUUGUAUUAUAAAUCUUGCCUCUUACAAAUUACAACUUACAACUUAGCUGCCUAAGUGUUCAAAACAAUUUGACGUCUUUUGUUUACAUCGUACCUAACCUAAAUUUGCUCCUCCCUCCCUCCCCUGCUCCACGCCUGCUCGCAUGGAUUGUGUCAUUAUAUAUUAUCCAAUGAUACUUUGCAACAGCUGGUCAUCUUUCAUGGGGAAGAGGUCUCCCAGAUGUUUUCCUCAGGCCGGUCAUGGCCUAGCAGCCAUGAUAUUAACGUUGUUAGUAUGCAUACCAACAUUCCUUGCUGACACAGCAUAUGCACCGGAAGAGCUGAACUACUGCAUAGAUGGUCUUAACCAUAAAAAAGAACCAGGCCCUGAAUCAGAUUUGUACAAAGAAUGUUCUCCGUGGAAACAUAGAUCAUGCUGCACCUUCGAUACAACCUACAAUGCUCACCACUCGAACAACCAUGGAUUUAAUUUUGACCAUUGUAGCCAUGUAAAAAUUAUGUCAGAAAGGUGUAGGAGACAUUUCAUUCAAGAUUUGUGUUUUUAUGAAUGUUCUCCUAAUGUUGGACCUUGGGUUGUUAAGGUUCCACACAAACAAAGCAAAGAAAGGUUCUUUGAGGUGCCUUUAUGCCAAAUUGAUUGUGAUUCCUGGUUCGAUGCUUGUCGACACGAUUAUACAUGUGCAGAAAUUUGGGGGCGUAAUGGUUUUCAAUGGAAAAAUCACACCAACUAUUGCAAGGAAAGUUCAACAUGUCGCACGUUUGAGGAGGUCUAUAAUAACAAUGCCAAAAACUUCUGUGAAAAGGUAUGGGAUUACUCUUGGAAAGUACUGAGCGAUGAUCAACCGUGUAUGAGGAUGUGGUUCAACAAUUCAAUGGACAAUCCAAAUGAUCGCGUGGCGUGGAACUACGUUUACAACGUCAGGAAUAACGCAGAUAGCCAUGGAUCUGCGUUUCUCAUUUGCAGUGUUAUUUCAGUGUUGCCAUUCUUAUACUUCCAGUCCCAACAAAAUCUGUGAUCGCUUGAUUCACCUUUUACCAUUGAAAUUUGCUUAAAAAGAGUUUCAUUAUCAUGAUGUACCUGAGAUAAAAUGCCUCUUCGAUACUGCAGUUGAAAUAGUGAAAGGACUCCGCACACCUCUUAUGGGAAGCUGCACCAUGAAGAAUUGUC